GCUCGGAAGGAGAGCAAGUGGCUAUCUCAUGACAUCCUCAACGAGAUGACUGAAAUUAUGGCCCAUGAUGUGAUGAGAACGCUAAUUGGAGAAAUUAAGUCUGCUGAGUUUUUCUCUGUGAUUAUGGAUGAGACCGCCGAUAUUACGGUCAAAGAGCAGGUGUCUAUCUGCUUCCGUUUUGUGACUGAAGAUCUGGAACCAGAGGAACUUUUUCUUGGAUUUUAUCAGACAUCAAAAACGACAGCAGAAACCCUUUUUCAGCUUUUAAAAGACGUUUUGGUUAGAUUCUCACUGCCAGUCAGUAAAUGCAGAGGACAAUGCUAUGACAUGGCAUUAGAACAGGUCUACAGGCUCGCAUGCGGGAGCUGGAGCCCCGAGCACAGUACAUCCAUUGCACUGCUCAUGUUAUGAAUUUGGUUGUGCAUGAUGUCGCCCAAAACAUUCCACCAUGUCGGAACUUCAUGGUACUUAUUCGUGACAUGGUAACACUCAUCAGAAAUUCCCCAAAGCGACUCACCUGGUUCCAAGAGUUUCAAGGCAAAGACGCAUCAUCUUUGAAACCGUUAUGCCCGACGCGCUGGACCAUGACAACGGCCUCGUUACAAGCCAUUGCUUCCAACUACAGCGCGCUACUGGAAUUUCUGGAGGACCUGUCUCUGAACGAAAAAGGUGACGCAGGAGUCAAUGCUGCACUCCAAAAGAGGAGUUUGCACCUACAGAAAGCUAGGCAGAUGGUUGACACGCUCAGAGAAGACAUAAAGUGUCUUCGUGAAGAAGGAUUCCAAGGAUUUUGGGAAAACACAACUGCAGCAGCACAUGACUUGAAUUUGGAGAGCCCAGCUGUGCCAAGGCCAAGAAAAAUACCCCGCCGACUGGAAGAUGGAGGUUUGCCGCACUGCUUUCAAACACCAGAAACAAUGUACCGACAGCAAUUCUUUGAGAUCAUGGAUACAGCGUCAACAUGCCUGGACUGCAGGUUUAGUCCUUCUGUAUUCGAACGCAUGCAAGAUGUUGAGGAUUUUCUGAUCGGGAAGGGUGACUGCAAAAGCAUCAUGGAGUUCUAUAGGGAUGAUUUGGAUGAGAAAAGGCUCAGGCUGCAUCGUGAUAUGUGCAUUGACUUAGCAAAGCAACGAGGAGUUCGCCUAGCUUCUUUUCAAGAUGUAGUGGACUUCCUAAAAGGCAAUCAGGGAGAGCACCUGAGAAUCAUGUUGCCAGAGAUGACCAAACUAGUGAAACUCGCACUGACUGUCCCAGUAACAUCCUGCAGUUCAGAGAGGUCAUUUUCAGGCCUGCGGCGACUUAAAACUUAUUUGAGGUCCACGAUGGGGCAAGCAAGACUGACCCAUAUUGCUGUAUUGAACACUCACAAGGAUGUAUCAAGAAAUAGGAAUCUGGAUGUAAUCGCAGACGAAUUCAUCAAGCGCACUGCUGCGAGGAGUGCCACUUUCCUCAUAAAGAAGUAGCGUCAAUGGUGAGUGAAAACAAAUCCAAUUUUGAUAUUUAGUAGCUGUGUGGGCCUAUGUGUUGAUGGUUAAUUGACUGCAUUUUACUGCGUGGACCUGUAUGCUUUGUGUGUGUAACAACAGCAUUAGAUGGCCGAUUAUAACUUGUUUGGCUGGCGGCGUACGUGUCUCACAGCCACGGUGGUGUCGAAUUUGCGUUGGAUUGUGCACUUGGCCUUAGUUAAUGCGAGUCGUUUUACUAAAUCAUCUUGGUGGAAUUGAUUAUUACUUCAGAUCAUCUACCUGUGCAUCGAACCAUCCUGCCUGCCUCAACGACGACUCUUUUGCCUCUUCCUCGCCGGUACUUCUAUAUCUGACCUGCCUGCCGUGCAUCGAACCUGGACUGUGACUGUGACCAUCGGACUCCUCUACUGCCUUUCCCAUACUGGAUAUUGUUUUAUUUGUUUUUGAACUGCCUACCUGUUUACCGAACCUUUUCAGUAAAGAUUAUUGAUUGCACUCACCCCCUCGUGCGUUUGAAUCCUCAAACUCUGCAUCCAGGGCUCGACAUUAACUUUUUGGCUUACCAGCCAACAUGACUGGUAGAUGAAAAUAAUUACCAGCAUAUUACCAUCAUAUUUUUACCGGCCAAAAUUAAACCUGGCUUUUCAGACCUACUCUGACAUUGUUUGACAUAAACAACCUGUAGCCUAAAUAACCCUAUGGAAGUAGUAUUAUUUACAUUCAUUUGUGCCUAAUUUGAUAUGUGCCUAAAUGAUCAUUUAUUAUUUGAAUAAUUCAUAGAGGCUUAUGCCACCUUCCGUCUUAGAUGCAAAAGACUUUUAUUUUGAUAAAGGUAUCGAAAAUGUGUUUAUGUCACCGUGGGAACGUGAACUUGUCAUUACGACUUCAGAUCUGGUUACGGAUGGAUGCACAUGCACAAAGUUAACAAAUUGUAUGGUUUAAUGGACCCGUAAGAGAGCUCUUAUGGUGUUUUACCCAUUUAUAUUGUUAGGCUACAGAAGAAUACAUGGCGCUGAAAUCCAUGCGUUUGACUACUUUUUCCAAAUCCAUAGGGCAAAAAGUCACGUAGGCUAUGUUUUUUGCAUAAGGUUUAUCUUGGGCGUCGAGGGUCGGGCUUUAAACUUUUUAGAGCACCCACCGGC